UUUACGUUGUUCGCAGUGGCAGUGUUCUUCAUAGUUCAGUGUGUCGUUUAAAAAUGUCGCAGUUGCUGGAUAAAGCCAAGAACUUCGUGUCGGAGAAGGUAAAUGAUAUGGCCAAGCCGGAGGCGAGUGUCACUGACGUGGACUUCAAGCGCGUGAGCAAAGAUAAUGUCGAGUACUUGGCCAAGGUCUCUGUUCGUAACCCUUAUUCAACUUCCAUACCCAUUUGUGAGAUCAACUACUCUUUCAAAAGCGCAUCCAGGGAGAUAGCAUCAGGGAAAAUUCCAGACCCAGGAUCGUUGAAGGCAAAGGACACAACAAUGGUGGAUGUGCCAGUUAAGGUUCCAUACAGCAUAUUGAUGAGCUUGGCAAAGGACAUUGGUGCUGACUGGGACAUAGACUAUCAAUUGGAUCUUGGUCUGGUUAUUGAUGUUCCUGUCAUUGGCAUCUUCACCAUUCCUCUCUCUCAGAAAGGAGAGAUCAAGCUACCAACCCUCUCUACCAUGUUCGCCUAAUCGCAUCCACAAAGCUUAGGAUAAAAUAAAUGCAUUGCACACUCCAUGAUCGAUGUGCAUGUUUUACUUUUAUGUAAAUUUUGGACCGUUUUAGUUCUACCUUUUGUUAUUCGUGUAUGCUCUCUAAAACUAUACAUGGCUUUCGUAGUAGUAGUAUUACUUAUCAUAGUUGUGAAGAACAUGUUUUAGGAUGUCCAUCCAUAUACUAUAAUGGAUAAUAAAUUCCAAUAAUAGACUACAAAUUCCAAAACAAAA